AUGCCAACUGGGGAAGUAACUUACUUGACUGCACUACUCCCCCACACCGUCUCCACCAUUCCCACCACACGCUCUGGCGCGCCACACCCUUACUCCCGUCCCUCCAGCCGCUCCUCUAGACGCUCCAUUCCAACCCACUCCCUACCGGCCUCUCGCAGCACAUCUCCCACUCCGCGAGACUUGCCCUGGAUGGAACCUGAGCCGUCCCUUACCACUCUCCUCGAGGCUAUCACAGCCCUCACAGCCACUGUUGGGUCCUUGCAGGACCAAAUCAAAUCACAAAGCGAGCAAAUCACACAGCUUGUUGCCAUAUGCAAGGAAACCAACAACAUUGUUGGUGACAAAGACCAGGGCGGAGCCCAAACCAAGCCUGGCCCAUCGACUGGGCCUAUUACCCCUCCUACCCACUCAAGAGGGGAAACCCUCACUCCAGGCACGGUUAGGCCUGGGCUCAAAGCCCCCUUCCGCCCUUCAAGAGGAACAGGGUUUGAUUCCGAGGAAGAAGAGGAGCCAAGGCGGCCCAAAAAAGAGCCUCAGGGAACGCCUAGGCGAUCACUCAGUUCCCUUACCCCCUUUGACGCAGGGUCCAGCGUAAAAAGGCCCAAGAUGGACCUCCCCAACCCAUAUAAAGGAGACACCAGGGGUCGCAAGGCCACACAAUGGCUGGAUCGUAUGCUGCUUUGGGUGGCCCUACACAGGGACCAAUUUGACGAGGAGGAGCAAAUGGUUGUGUGGAUUCUUUACCACAUGACAGACAAGGCAGCCGAUUGGGCACUCCCCGUCAUAGGGGCCAUUAUCAAGGGCGAGGGUAACCCGCCAACCACUAUCCUGGCCUUAACGGCCAAAUUCAAGGAGGCGUUUGCAGACCCUGACGCAAAAAGGGCGGCUGCCAGGAAAAUUGCCGCGCUGACUCAGACCACAACUACGGCUGAGUAUGUCACAGAAUUCCGCAAUCUUAUGGCGGAACUUGACUGGAAUGAGGAGGCAUACAUUGCCCAAUUCACACGCGGUCUCCACUGGAAAGUCAAGGAACUGCUAUCAACCAAGGAUAGUGUUCCUGAUGAACUCAAGGCAAUUUUCGCGGCCUCUAUCAAAAUUGACAACAUCCGCCGCAAAAACGAGGAGAAUCGCCCUAAAAAGGCACCAGCCAAGUCCCCGGCCACCGUGGCCACCUCCACUACCACCACCAGGGUCCGCCUGUCCAAGGACCCCAAUUAUGUCACCCCAGAAGAACGGGAUUGUCGCCGCGCAUCAGGUCUUUGCGUCAAGUGUGGGCAAAAAGGGCAUGGCAUCAAACAAUGCCCCAACGGAUGGAAAGCCACAGUCAAGGAGGUGGCUAAGGUUGCUGAGGAUGUCAAGUUGGGAAAAGACUAA